CUCAAAUUCAAAACAUGAUGCAGUUACCAAAAUGCCCCGACCUUCCCUCUCCUUUUCCAGUUCCUCAGUCCUUGCACCAUCCCGCAUACCUAGGGUUUUAUACUCUUCUCCCAUUUGCUGCUCACUAACCUUCUGCAAACGCUGCAAAGCUACAAAACUCAUCAAUUUUACCCCAAAAUCGCUCCAUUUUACCCCAAAAUAGCUCCAUUUUCCUUCGAUUUUGGCUAUCAACAUGAACCGAACCGCAUACAAUCCAAACCCAGACGCUUUCCAAUCCAUGCUUAAAGAAUCCGUUGACCGAUUUUUAAUCGAAUACCGAAAAGGCGCAACCGAUUUUUCGAAUUUCACCUCCAUAUUCUCCCGCUUUCUUCAAAAUCUGCCCGAUCCACCGCUCGAAAUCGUCUGGUUUUACGCCGCUUUGACUUUACGCUCCACGAAAUUUACCGCUGAAAACUCUUCAAACCAAGUCGUAGUAGCUAAGGACUUGUUCCAACUGCUGGUUUCCUGCUCUUCUUCGUGCAAUGCGGUUAAGAAGAUCGCAGUUCUUGCUCCAGUCAUCUAUGAACUGCAUAGUUUAGUUUCUGAGGGAAAACUUUUCACGAAAGAGAUUGAGAGUUUAUUUGAAGUGAUUUUUAGCUAUAUUAGCAUUUGUUCUGGCACCAAUUUUAACGAAAACGAUGAAUUUGAGGCUUUGAAUUCUUGUUUUAUGGAUUUGAUACGCGUUUGGCUAGUUGAAAAAAUUGGGGAGAAUUGUAAGUUAGGUGAAGAGUUGAGAGUGUUUUUUCCUCUCGUUAGUGAUGAAAUUCGUAAAGGGAUAAUGGGUAGUGACGGAUGUGAGAUUGGGUACGUAGCUGGGAUUGUCAUGAGUGAAACUUUCUUAUUGAUGUUUUGCUUGAAAUUUCGAUUGGGGAUUUCAAGGGCAGAGCUGGAGACAGAAUUACGCGGCUGGGCAGUUCAGACGAUAACUGCAUUUCGAAGUUAUCACUUCGUUGACACCAUUCUCAGGAUGCUCCUAGAGCCAGUCUUAUCUGUCACCUCCUUAUUGAAUUCUGAAGAAGAAGUUUUUUUGCGAGAAAUCCUGUAUGAUACUGCAAUAAUAGCAGAGCAUUCCUUCCUUGGUCCUCAUAAAGGGAGUCAUCUACCUGAUGGACGCUUAAAGAAUCUUGCUACAGCAUGGUUGUUUGUUGCUGACUGUGCCAUCCGAUUUCUCUGGGAAAAUGGUAACCAGACCAAAGUCUUUUCCUAUGUACAAGCUUUCUCUGCAUCUUUUCUACCAUCUCAAUUGAUCAAGUGGGUUAUGAGUCUGCCUGGCAUACAGAGCAAAACAAGUACACCAAAAGUUUCCAAUCCUCUAGCUCUUAUCAAGUGGCUAAUGAUUCUUGAGGAUCAAGGUGUAAGAGUAUUUGAUGGUGACAUCUCCAAUAUCUGUGCAAAAAUUAAGUCGGAUGGGCUCUGUGUUAUUAAGUCAGAUGGCAAGAAUUUGGUGGAAAAUAAUUUCUCUUAUGGUGUUAACGAGGGUAAAGGGGCAGAUAAAGUUGAUGGUGAUCUAGAGAUGGUUGAUUUUGAGGACACUAUGUUCUUCGGUGGUCCUGGAGUUCUGAAAGCAAUGGAAACUAAUGGGACGAGGAAACGCAAAGAAGGGAGAAAGGAUGAAGGGGAUAAACAAGUUAAGUUUGUUAAAUGUCAUCUUACUGGAAAUUCAGUGAGGGAGAAGGUUUUACCAUUGGAAGUCGAUGAUGCUUUGACUAGUGGGAGUGAGGUAAAUGAUCUAGUGACUGGUGAACGCACAGGAUACAUGGAGCAAUAGUAUUGGUUGAAAGUUGAAAUGGAAAUGUGAAGAUGCUUAUCAUCGGUGAUUGUAUUUUUAUGACACUUACGCGCUAGGGGAAAUGGGAUAGGAACUUUUUUGAUUGUAGCCUAACUUGCAUUUGCAGCUAUUGGGUUGUGGGAUGCUUUCUCUGAUAGAGACUUCAAUGCUAGAGGACAAAGAUUCUGCAUCCAACUUUCUGUGGUUGGUGGAUUUAUGUCAUUUGAGCUGGAAAGAUGCUGACAAAGAGUUUAUUCUCAGAUGUCAUAUUUGUUACUAUACCAAAACUCAACCGCUACUGAAUGCAUUAGCCUGUGAUCGUAGUCAUGUAUUAUCAUAUAGCUGUAGUUAGGAAGUCAUUUUUGACAUCCCAUGAUGGCUUUUUUGCUCAGUAUCUGUUCUUUUGUGACCUUAAUGAUGUUAGCUUUAUAUCAAAAAUGCCAAUGUGGUAUGCAACGUGGAAGUAGUUGAA